GCAGGCAGAGUUGGCAGUCAAACUUUCUCGAGAGGACUAGCUACGAGCACAAUAUUUCGGAGCUUCUUAUUCCAUUUUUAAACAAACGUGCCUGUGGGAUUCUAAAAUUCUUACUGUCCUGCAAAGAAGACUUUGUUGGAUAUAAACCGUUUCGAGGCAACAAUGAUGUUCACCGGUUUUAAUACGGAGUGCGAUUCGUCUUCUCGCUGCAGCACAGCUUCACCGGCUACAGAUAACUUGGGUUACUUUCCGUCACCAGCGGGAUCCUACUCCAGCAUGGGGUCUCCCCAGUCUCAGGAAUUCACUGAGCUGACAACGUCAAGUGCCUUCAUUCCUACCGUCACAGCCAUUUCAACAAGUCCAGACUUGCAGUGGAUGGUCCAGCCUUUGAUCUCCUCAGUGGCCCCCUCUCACAGAGCUCACCCCUAUAGCUCAAGCCCUAGCUCAUCAUACUCCGGGCCAGCCAUGAGGUCAGCCAUGAAGGCUCACUCCAAAAGAAGCAGACAGGAACAGAUCUCUGCUGAAGAAGAGGAGAAACGUAGAAUUCGUAGAGAGAGAAACAAGCAGGCAGCAGCCAAAUGCCGCAACAGGAGGCGGGAGCUCACAGACACUCUCCAAGCUGAAACUGAUCAGCUGGAGGAUGAGAAGUCUAGCCUGCAAAAUGAUAUAGCCAAACUGCUGAAAGAAAAAGAGAGGCUUGAGUUUAUACUGGCUGCCCACCAACCCAUCUGCAAAAUCCCAUCUGAGCUGGACAUUGAUUUUCCUGUGACCGCUGUCUCACCAGUCCACUCCUGCCUGACCGCUCAGCCCUGCUCUCAGACACAGACAAGUGCCUCCAGCCAACCAACGUUCUCAACCUCCAACUCCAUCUUCUCCAGCAGCAGACCCACUCUCUCUACAGCCACCAUCUCCAGCACCACAGUCAAAAUGACAGAUCUCGAGAGCUCUGUCCUAGAGGAGUCUCUGGAUCUGCUUGCCAAGACGGAAAUGGAGACCGCUCGCUCUGUGCCAGAGGUGGACCUUACCAGCACCCUCUACACCACACAGGACUGGGAGCCUCUUCACACCUCAACCAGUAACCAUGACUUUGAGCCCCUGUGCACUCCUGUAGUGACCUGCACCCCAGCCAACACCACCUACACCUCUUCAUUUGUGUUCACCUUCCCAGAAGCAGAGACCUUCUCUAGCUGUGGCAUUGCCCACCGGAGAGGCAGCAACAGCAACGACCAGUCCUCUGAUUCUCUCAACUCACCCACGCUGCUGGCCCUUUAAAGACUUCCAUAAACUCUAAUACUUCCUUCUAAGCACAGUUUACUAAUAAAAAAGAAUGUGCAGAUCACAGGGCUACAGAAAGGACUUGUAACAAAUAGCAACUUAUUAUUUUAUUUUAAUAGAUAUUGACUUGCCUACAACAGAAAUUAAGCAAGUACUAGCAUGCCACAUAGUUAUUUAAGUUAAUAUGAUUUAAUGGUGCUAGAUUAAAAAAUAUAUUGUAUUGUGUUUACAGCAAUAGUCAUUAUCAGCCCAGUUUGUUUGUGGUUGAUGGAAUGUGUGAAUUAUUGUGAAGUUUAUAAAGAACUCUAAAACUUAUGUUCUUCGUCUGAACCAUGGUCUGAGUGGUCUUAUAUUAAGUUUUCUGUGAAAACAUUAGUCCUUUUAUUUAUGAAAUUACUUUAUUUUUUUACAGAGCAGCAAUGAGUGUUUGCAUAACAUGUUAAUAAAGACGUAGUGAUAUUUAAGUAAA